CGUUAUUUUGACCGUUUAUUUUGGAAAAGAGAACUCGAGUCAUAUAGACCUCUUGCAUUUCUUGUAUUUGUUAAAGUAUAAGUCGUUUUUAAAAAUAUGGGCGAUUCUCUCUUUGAUAUUUUCGGGGAUCAUAUUACAAGACAAGUCGUGAAGAAUGUUUCCAGACAGCCUUUAUCCAAUAUUGAAAAUAUGGGAAAGACCGUCUCUUCUGGCCCCAUAAAGCCUAACGAGCCUUUGAAAAAAGGCGACACCAAGAAAUCUUUCCUUUCCAAUGCUGGAAAGGCCCUUCAAAGUACUCCGAUGAAAAAAGUCUUCACACCAAUCAACGUGGGACCGCUCAUAUACAGCGACGAAACAGCGAACGACACUAAAGAAUUUAAUUUCGAAGAAUUGGAAUUUACUAAACCUGCAUACAGAUUAGAUAAUUAUCACAGAGAUCUCCUUGAUUUCCCGACCAUACCAACAACUCAGAGGCAUGAGAUCACUCCUCCAAACACUCCGCCGCCAUUCAUAAGGAAAUAUAGCAUGGAGUUCGACUGUUCCUAUCAAGAUGAAUUCUUUUCAGAUGACUUUUCCAAUGAAAGUAUCCCCGAUGACGACUUGGGACUUCCGGAAAUAUUUUAGUCACAUGUAACCAUAGAGGCAUCAUAGUUUAUGUAAUUCCAAUACAACUUGACAUUAUUUUACUUGAGAAAUAAACAUUGUUACGUAGACAA